AACAAACACUCGGAAACCCAACCCCCAAAAACCCAACACAGAAACACAAGAGACUGAGAAACAAAGAUGUCCGUACUCUCGCUCGCAGCUUCAUCUUCUUCUUCCUUGCACUCAUCCUCCUCCACUUGCUCUUCAAAACCCCCAUUCUCCUCCUCUGCAAAACCCGCCUUUAAAACCCCAUUUGUCGGGUACUUGGUGGCGCCACCGCAAAAGCUCUGGUUUCCCUCCACCACCGACCUGAGCUUAAACAGUGAAGGAAACACACGGCGGAGCUUCGAGGUCUUCAGCAGCAAAACUGAGGACUUCGUUCGGGUCCCUUUGGAUCAGCGAUGGAUGUUUGAAGACUACGAAGUCGACGGCCCUGACAUUUGGAAUAAUACAUGGUAUCCAAAAGCUGCAGACCACGUGAAUACUGACAAACCGUGGUUUAUCGUUGAUGCCACAGACAAGAUUCUUGGACGAAUGGCAUCCACAAUUGCCAUUUACAUCCGCGGGAAAAAUUUGGUGACCUACACCCCCAGUGUGGACAUGGGAGCAUUUGUCAUUGUGAUAAAUGCUGAAAAGGUUGCCGUAUCUGGCAAGAAAAGGAACCAAAAACUCUACAGGAGGCAUUCUGGACGACCAGGUGGUAUGACAGUGGAAACGUUUGACCAGUUACAGCAGAGAAUCCCAGAGAGGAUUAUUGAACAUGCUGUUCGUGGUAUGCUUCCAAAAGGGAGGCUUGGGAGAGCGCUUUUCAACCACCUGAAGGUAUACAAGGGGCAAGAUCAUCCCCAUGAAGCCCAGAUGCCAGUGGAGCUGCCGAUAAGGGACAAAAGAAUACAGAUACAAAAGUAGAUUUGAAGCCGAACUCUACAGUACUUACUUUGGUUGUUAGAACCCGGCUUUUUUCGUGUUUAUAUAUUUGAAUGUAGAUGUCCAUUUUCUACAUCAGUCUUGGAUGGUUGUUUGCUUCCAGUCUGGUAUUGGAAUCUGGCCGGAAGUUUUCGUAGGUUUCAUUUGCUCGUAUGUAAUUGAACAAAAAUUUGCAAUCAAUGUCACACACCUUUCAGCAGAAAAA